AUGGCGCACCUCAAAGCUCUCUCUUCCCACCACUGGCAGAAGAGCCCCCUCACCACUUGCGCAGCAUUCAAGUCACCCAAUAUGACCACUCAAAGAAACCACAUUUAUACCGGAACAUGCAACUAUGACAUGUUCAACAACAAAUGCAGCACUUCAGCCACUGGCGACGACCCCACGCUAGCCAAGACCCCCGUGGGUGUUUAUGCGGUCGCUAUCUACCUAGACGCCAACGGCCAGACGCCCUUGAACAACAUCGAGGUCGGAUCGGUCGAUGUGAAAAUCGGUGGUGUUUCCAUGGACAAUGUGAAGGUUGAUGGCAACACUAUAACCUUUUUCAAUGGGGUGGAGGGCUACAACAAGAAGUUUCAUCUAGAGUAUACCGACCCGGAUAUGAAUAUUAAUGGGGACUUGCGUUUUGAUGUCUACCAGAUGUUUUGA